GCGACUCUGACGUGGCUGCGGGAGCGGCUGCCGCAGCGCUGCCCGGGCUGGAGGGGGCGCUGCCGGGCGUGGGAGUGCGGUACCGGGCCCGCUGCACCCCGUACCGGGCGUGGGAGUGCGGUACCGGCCCUGCUCUCCCGCCGCGCAGGCUAAACAAGCCCAACUCUCUCAGCCUGUCUUUGGAUGGGAGGUAUUCCAGCCCUCUGAUCAUCUUCGUGGUCCUUCUCUGGACUCACAUGAACAGAUCACGUCCUUCCUGUGCUGAGGGCUUCAGAACUGAAUGCAGCACUCAGCUCUUUUGCUUUUUAAAAACACAAAAUGUCUGAAGUUAAGCAUAGGAAAAAAGUUUCUUCAUUCAAGACCAAUGAAGGCUCGCAAAAGGUUGAGAAGCACAGUAAUUGUGGGAAGCUGGCAAGUCCCAGGAUCAGCAGUAAUGAGAGUUCCUUUUGGAUGGACUCACGGACAACCUUGAGCAUAAUUUCCCUUGCCAUGUGCCUGGUGCUGGCCUGGUUACUCUUUCGGCAAUCAGGUCAAUUCGCUGAUAUGGAAAAAAAGUACAAUUUCUUACAGCAAGAAGCUGAAAAAUUCACAGAUGUGGAAAAUAAAGUUAAUUUAAUUUCUGAAAAGUGUGAAAAGACUUGGAACUUAAUGGAAGAGCUUGAAGAUCCUCAAACAAUUUCUCAUAUUAAACAUCUGCAAGAAGAUAUUUAUACAAUGAAAACAUGGUGUAGCAGCAUAAUUAAAAACCAAGAGGAACUGCACAAGAAUUUAACAACACUUUUUCAUGCAGUUUCAAGUGUUGAACAGAAUGCGGCUUCUGUAACAAAAAACAUAACUUUGACGAUUGUGACAGUAAAAACUGACAUAAGGCGCAUUUCAGGCCUAGUCUCGGAUAUGACCGCACUGACAGAUUCUUUGCAAACACUAGAAGAUAAAGUAGAAAAAGGUGAAAAGAAGACAAUAAAAAAUAUAGGUGACCUGCUUACCAGUAGCAUUGACCGAAGUACAGAACUACAGAGCUUGGCAUCUAGUAAUGCAAAAAAAAUUGAGCAAAUUAAGACAGCAUUAUCUGAGUUAAGGAGUGAUUUUAACAAGCAUUCGGACAGACUUUUGAAUCUUGAAAGUGACAGAGCAAAAGUUCUGAAGACAGUUACAUUUGCAAAUGAUGUAAAACCCAAGAUGUACAAACUUAAAAAGGAUUUUGCCACCUUGGACCCAUUAAUAAGUGACCUGACACUGAGAAUAGGAAGACUGGUGGAGGAUGUUCUACGACGGGAAAAGGAUAUUGCUUUAUUGAAUGAGAAACUGGCCAAUCUAACAAGAGUUCGAACUGAGAUCAAAGAUAUGAAAGAUGAAUUAACGAAGAUUUCAGACAUGAAUUGAUCACUCUGAAAUGCCACUGCCUAAAGAAGAGUAGCAUUUGAGGAGUGACAACUCCAUCGUAUGUAGCACUAAGACAAAAGAUGAUAUUUAAAGGCUUCAUUUAGAAGCUUGUUCAAUUAAAUUACUUAUUUUAUAAAAUAAAACACUGUUAAAGCAUGAAAUGUUGUUCCUACCUUUAGAGCUUGCAUUCAUAAAGAAUGCAGGACCUCAGACUGACAGAUCUUAAGCUUCCUUUUCUCCUCUAAAGGAGAGAAGAAAAUUGUGGCUUCCAGGUAGAGAUCAAGCCACGGUAGCAAUUUAAUAUUUGUCUCAAUACAUUCACUCUGUGAUUUUUGAACUAUAGCUUGUUACAGAUAAACAACUGUUGAUUUCACUUUCAACACCCAAAUGAAUAACCUCAACUCCUAGAACACAUAUACCAGUGCAAAGCUGAGUACACAGUCCUGUUCAUGGCUCCCAUGGGAAGUUAAGUGUGUAGAAAAAUGUUAGAGCCAUUAAUUUCACUUUAUUGAUAGAUGUACACAAACUACUCACUCUUCCCAAGAAGUGCAGGUCCAAAACAUUAUGAUUCUUCUAGAAACUUUGUUGCUACAAGCAACUUUUACUUGGAAAAUAAAUAAAUAAAUAUCUGGAUUUAAAGUUUGCACACCCACUGUGUUGUAGUAGUAUCAUGUAGUGAUACUCUGGCUAUCUUUGCUUUUAACUUGGCAUGCAGGUACAGAACUGGCCAAUUAUAUUGUCGUGAACUCAUGAGGUUCAACGAGGCCAAGUGCAAGGUCCUACACCUGUGUCAGGGCAAUGCACAGAUUCAAUACAGGCUUGGGGACAACAUUAUUGAGAGGAGCCUUGCAGACAAGGACUUGAGGGCGCUGAUAAGAAGCUCAACAUGAGCCAGUGUGCGCUUGCGCCCUAGAAGGCCAACGGUAUCCUGGGCUGCAUCAAAGGCAGUGCAGAUAGCAGGUCAAGGGAAGCGAUUCUCCAGUUCUACCCUAUUCUCAUGAGAACUAACCUGGCCUAAUGUGUCCAGUUCUAGAAUCCCCAACAUAAGAAGGAUAUGGAACUGUUGGAACAGGACCAGAGGAGGGCAUGACAAUGAUCAGAGCGCUGGAGCACCUCCCCUGCAAGGACAGACUGGUGUUGCUCAGCCUGGAGAAGGCUCUGAGGACACCUUAGAGCAGCCUUCCAGUACCUGAAGGGGGCCUUACAAGAAAGCUGAGGAGGGACUUUUUACAAAAGGCACGUACAGAUAUGAACAGGGGGAAUGGCUUUAAAUUUGAAGGGGUAAGAUUCAGAUUGGACAUUAGAAAGAAAUUCAUGACGACUGUGGUGAGACACUGGAACAGGUUGCCCAAAGAAGUUGUGGAUGCCCUAUCCCUGGAAGUGUUAAAAUCCAGGCUAGAUGGGGCCUUGAGCAGCCUGGUGUAGUGGGAGAUGUCCCCACCUGUGGCAGAAGAGGGUGGAAUUGGAUGAUCCUUAAGAUUCCCUCUAACCCAAGCCAUUCUAUGAUUCUAUGCUAUUGCAGCCAGCAACUCUUACAAGGGAAAACAAACAAACAAACAAAAAAACCCAAACCCAAACAAAAAAAAAAACCCACAGAACCAACCAGCAACAGCAUGAAGUAAUCAGAACUCAAAAUUACACAAGCAAAGUAAUCCAAGCAUGUUAAAAUCUACUUUCAGACACUGGAAUAGCCAGGUCAAGAAGUUUCUGCUAGCAACGCCUUUCUCCCAUAUCACGCAAGUUCCAAAAAUCGUAUCCUACAACAAGGCCAUGUAGCUACUAAGCUCAGCUAUCCAAGGUACUCAUAUAUGCUACAAAAAAGCAGAAAGUUUAUUGUUUUCAUUGUGAACUACAUAAUUUCUAUGUAGAAAUGUAAAUUACAAUUGUUUGCAUCAUUACAGCCUAUUUUAAGAUGCCACAAACACUUCAGCAAGUAUCAGCACAUUUGAACUGUAGUACAAUCUGACACAAAAAUAGGGUGUGAAUGGAAUUGGUAUUUCAAAUUCACAUAGACUAUUUGCUUAAAACCAGAAAGCCGAUCUCAGUGCCAGUACUAGCAAGAAAGAAUGUUUUCUCCUUCACGGAAUAAAAUACACAAGCAGCAUAUACAUAAUCAAUGUUCUAAAAAGCUCUUUUGGGUUUAGUGACUGGUUUGGAGUUUGCAAAGUUAUGCUAUGUUCAAAAUGGACUCUCUUCUAUACAGGACUUCCUCUGCAACAAAAGCACAAGUCCAUCUGAAGCACUGUGGCUACCCUGCUCCAUCUUCUCAACUUCCAGUAAACAACUACAUAUUAUUCUAUAAAGUACAGUUACCAAUGACAAAAUUGACCUUUCAAAUGUAUCUUUAUACUACAGUUUUCCCACUGAAGACUAUUUAAUUUCAGUGGGUGACCCUUUAAGCAAUAGCGUUUUAUAAGUUAAAGCAUCCGAGCAAGGCUAUGGUUGAAUGUCAAUGAAGUCAGCUCCAUCUCAGGUUUUCCACUGAAACACAACACUGGAUGCAGUAUUAAGUAUAUUUUCCCUUUCCCAGUUACAAAAAAAAAGAACAGAGAACAGCUGGCUGCCUCGUGUAGUCUUGCCUCAGAUUUACCUUGAUAAGACUAUCUGAACAUCUAAGAUAGUUUUGAAUCUAUUUUUGAGCUGCAAGAAAAUGGAUUUAAGGUUCCCUUAUUACUUCCUGCACAUUUAACAUGGCCACACAAAGGUGACACAAUUCUAGAGGAAAGAUCACGUGAUUUUGCUCCACACAUAUAAUGAUAAGGAGUAUCGAGAAGCUUAGCUUCUCAUUGGAUUACUUGACAAUCAGACUACCCCACUGUAUAAGCCACAUUUGUCUCCACUCUUCUGUAAGCUUUAAAAGUUGACAACAUUUUCAGUAUUGAAACGAACUUGAGAAGCUUUCCAGCAAUGGAAACUCUUACAGUAAGAGUUAAAACUCACCUUUCAAGAAGCCACGAUACUCUGCACACACAAGUGAUGCUGCUUUCUCUAACAAACUGAAUGACACACAAAAUUUAACUUCAAAAGCUGAUUUAACAUCAGCGACCCUUGACACGAAAUCAAUUCAUUGUUAAUUUUCUUCCCUAAGGAAACCCUUAGGAGCAUUUAAUGAUUCAUUAAAUAAUAUUAAACCUUCCCAGUCAUGGUGGGGCAACAAGACAUACAUACGUAUAUCAUGAAGUAUAGUUAAUCCAACACCAAAGCACUUCUACAAAUGUUGUAUUUAGACCUCUGGAAUUUAGCUUUGCUGUGUAACGCAGUUGAUACCAGCCACUCCAAGAGUGUGCUUAGCAUCAUGGUGACUGGGAAACAGUAGGUUUAGAAUUUACUCCGUGUUUUGAAAAUUCAAAAUAAGGCUCAGCUUGCUUAUCUAGCAUAAACAUCCAUAAUCUUGGAAGUCAGAGGGUUUUCCCAGGUGGAGGGAAACUCAGUGCUAUGUAAAAGGGUAGCAGGAACAUCAGACUCCAGCCUGAUGCAGAGGUUGGUACGUUUAUGCUACUCCAACGGUGCCUGCUUCAAUUGUCCUUUUUGACUCUGAAGGACACAAGGAGCCAUGCAAGAUACGUGAAUGCCAAGCUAAGUUCAGCAUCAUCAACUCACAUACUGAAAGGCAACAUAUCCAGUUUUGCACGUAAGACACCCAAGCUCCACCUCUACUAAGCAAACAAAGCAGUACUGGAUAUAGUGAAACCUUCAUAUACUAUUAAUAUUUUCCUGUAUUUUUCUCACCAUGAUUAUUAACCAUGGGUUCUAGAAAAGGCAAAACACAGAAGCCAGCAUGCUCAUCUUUCCGUAAAAGACGGAAAAAGAACAAAUUCAUUGUCUUGAAGCAUUGUGCGAGUGUCAAGUCUUGCAUACCUAGAUUUUUUUGAACACCAAGUUAGGUCCAAAAAAAAAAAAAGUGUAUAUGGCUUCUUGCCUCUUCAGAGGUGCAUGGUUCAACUAGGACUCAGCAUUAGUUAAACUAACCAAAAAAAACCAAACAAGCCACUGAUUACCAAAAAAAAUGAAAAAUUAAGCCACA